GUUGCAGCCGAACCGACAGCGUUGGUUAUUGAACUGUCAUCGCGGAGGAUGACACAGGAAACUCAACGCUACAUCGAGAGACUGGCUGGAUUUUAUCAUGUGAGGAGGGUGAGACUCUACCGGUACCUGGUUAAUGUCUUCUGUACGGUGAACUCCCUCUGCAGACGCGGCAAACACACUCAGACAGCUAGUCCGAAGACAGCACCGAGAAUGGACCACUGUCCUCAACAAACACCGCUGUUUACGUUCGGCGUUAUUGCUGACAUUCAGUACGCGGACAUCGACGACGGAUACAAUUACAGCCGGACUAGGAGGCGGUACUACCGGAGCAGUCUCCAGCUGCUGAGAAAUGCCCAGGAAACUUGGUCAGAGCCGGCUGUCGUGCCAGAGUUUAUCCUCCAGUUGGGAGACAUUAUCGACGGUUUCAACAAGGCCCACGGCGCCUCUGACAGAGCACUGGACAGCGUGCUGACAGAGUUCAGCUCCUGGCCCGUGGAGGUCCACCACGUGUGGGGCAACCACGAAUUUUAUAACUUCAGCAGGAGCGAGCUGCUGAGUUCAAAACUCAACAGCUCGCUCCUCACCGACCGGAACCCGAGUACAGCCCGGGCUGGCGGUGAUAUCUACGCCUACCGCUUCAGUCCGUUUCCUGGCUUUACGUUCGUUGUGUUGGACGCAUAUGAUGUGAGCCUCCUGGGAAGAGAGGAGUCCAGUGAACAGUACACCGAUGCUAUGAAUCUGAUAACACAGCACAACAACAACGAAGACCUCAACUGUCCCCCGGUGUUUGAGGGCCCACAGCAGAGGUUCACAAAGUUCAACGGUGGGUUCAGUAAGGACCAGCUGGAGUGGCUGGAUUGUGUUCUGUGCUUGGCUGAUGACAAGCGGGAAAAAGUCACAAUUGUCAGUCACCUACCUGUACACCCCAACUCCACAGAUUACAUCUGCCUCGCUUGGAAUUUCAGUGAGCUCCUGGCCAUCAUACGGUCCCAUAGCAGUGUGGUGUGUUUCAUGGCUGGACACGACCACGACGGCGGAUACCACCUGGACAUGGAGACAGGAGUGCACCACCUGACGUUGGAGGGCGUGAUUGAGACCCCACCUGACAGCAACGCCUUUGGCACAGUCUCUGUGUAUGAGGACAGGAUGGUGCUGAAGGGGAAUGGCAGGACUGCAGAUCGAGUGUUUCUGUUCCCGGGAUGCCAAAAUGAUGUAGCUCAUGGGGCAAAAUGAUGCAUGCUGUAAUUAUGAGUCAUGUAUUACUGAAGCUGUAAAGGCAACAUUUUUGGAAUAUGUUGGGAUAUAGAGCUAUAUUCCAGACUGGAAAAUGUAGAGGAUGUUUGUUACAUUCUCUCAAGAGGUCAGGGAAUUUUACACGAGUCACUUUAAGGUCCAGAGUGUGGGAUUUAGUGGAAUGUAGUGGUGAGAUAUCAGAUUGCAGUACCUAGUCUCUCACCCUUACCUUCAAGGGGUUCUUGACCUUUUGUAACUUGUUAUCUGUAAUAUUUGGCUUAUUCUGCGUAAAAGCGGCUGGUGUAGGAGAGCCUACGGCGGCUGUGCAGAAUGUGAAGGCCAGAGCCAGUGUUUCGUUCGUCUGUUCUGGCCUGCAGUAGAAACGUGGCUGCCUCCAUGGAAGAGCACCUGCUUCCCUCUGUAGAUGUUACAAGCAAAUUUUAAGGUAAUGAAAACAUGAUUCUUAAUUUCAGGUGAUUAAACGCUAAUGAAAAAAAUGCUUAUUAAUAUUACAUUUCUUUCAGUAGGUAUUCUAAAAUCCCAAACACUGGACCUUUAACAAAAUACACGUGGAUCUAUCUUCCAUCCAGUAUCCCGUGUUUUCUCAGCCGAACAAAACAUUCACAAAUGAAUGGAAUGGAAUACAGUCAUGAAGGUACUUCAGCAAUGGAAGAAAUAUAACAUUCUAGUUGUUUUAAAAGAUGUCGCACGAGCAACGUGAAGAAAAAUAACACUCACGCCAUGUUUUUAGGUGCAUGUCCACUUACCUCAGCAAAACAAAUACCAUAUCUCAGAUGGUUCAUUCCACUUACUUUUUAUUUAUUUAUUUUUUAUAUGACAAGGUGUGAAAUAUAUCUUAUAUCUUGAUUGUAUUUUAAUUUGGAGGGGAAAUGGUAGAAUUUUCAGUUUUAUGCACAUGUUUUAAGAAGCAAGUGAUUUUCUGAUACAAUUGGUGCCUUUUUGAUUGUUGCACAUAACUGAUUUUCUUAUUUGGAAAACAGUAUAUUGUGUUAUGUAGUGAGAUGUUUGAUUGGUGCAGUGUAACUAUAAUCACUUUUUGAACUGAUAAGAUCAAUACAAGAUGAGUGCAAAUCUGUAUGACUUGCAAUGUAAAACAAUAUGCAGAAUAAUAAAAAUCCAGUUGCUGCUGUAGUUGCA